AUGGAGAAUCUCCAGGUGGAAAUCAAUGAAGAUGCUGUGCUUGAAGAUGCACGAGGAGCUGCGACAAAGGCGCGGGCCUUCCACGAUUUGCCCGUGUGGAAGCGGGCGUUGUGGCGCAUGCCGGCGCUGGGGCUGACGCUCAUCAUCGAACUCAUUGUCGCCUUUUUCAUCUCAUCAUACCAGGACACCUUCAAGAGGUACACCCUCCUCAUCGCCUUCCAGCCGGUCAUCUCGGCUCUGUCCGGGAAUGUGGGGCUUCAGACAAUGGCCACCAUCACAAGAGGCCUGCCGCUGGGCCUUUUCCAUGGCCGCCAACUGAGCCAAGGGCUUCGGCACGAACUGCUGCCCGGCCUGCUGAUCGCAGCCCUCUUGAGCACGGUGGUGGGAGUAAUUUCGCUCUUUUGGUACUUGUGGAGCCCUUCAGCAGGUGGCCAUACAGUCAAAGGUGCAUUGGCCUUUGGGUUCGCCAUCUUUCUGGGUCAGCUUAUGUCGUGCCUGUCUGCAACCCUCACAGCAAGUCUGGCUCCGCUGCUCUUCAGCAGGUGCAAUUGCAAUCCGGCAGAUUUGGGAGGGCCUUUCGAGACGGCUUUCCAGGACAUCAUUGGAUCCUCCGUCGUGCUCGUUGCAGCUGGAGCGGUGCUUAUGCACUACGGAGAUCAUGCAGAAGCGUGUCCAGGAGGUGAUGUUAAGGCCUGUGUGCUGCGGUGCGGGGCGGGAGGAAGCUACAAUGAGCAGUGCUUGCAGCACUGCUUGGAUCUUGCAGUGCAGGGUCUUUGCUAA